AUGUUCAAGAACUCAUUCUAAAGUGGAUUUCUUUCAAUAUUAUAUUCAAUAGGAUCAAAGCCAUUGUAAAUUUGGGAUAAGCAAAUCAAGAAUGGACAUAUUAAACGUAUCACAGAUCAAGACAUUUAAUCAUCAGUACUUGAAAUAAUGGGUACCAAUGUGAGUACUAAUUUCAUAACUGCUCCUGCCGAUCCCAAAGAAACAUUGGGAAUUAAAUUGCCAUUCUUAGUCAUGAUCAUUAAGAAUCUUAAAAAAUACUUCACAUUUGAGGUGUAGGUAUUGGAUGAUAAGAAUGUCAGAAGGAGAUUUAGAGCAUCGAAUUAUUAAUCAACUACGAGAGUGAAACCUUUCAUCUGUACAAUGCCUAUGAGAUUGGAUGAGGGAUGGAAUCAAAUCUAAUUCAACUUGUCUGAUUUCACCAGAAGAGCAUAUGGUACAAACUAUAUAGAAACACUCCGAGUUCAAAUUCAUGCCAAUUGCAGAAUCAGAAGAAUCUAUUUUAGUGAUCGUCUUUACAGUGAAGAAGAGUUACCCCCUGAAUUCAAGUUAUUCUUACCCAUCUAAAAACAAGGAUGA